UUGGAUUCAUUUAUGGUGGAAUUUUAGCACCGCAACCGAGAAUUAUCCACUGUACAAGAAAAUGCAAGAGGGUUUUCAUCAAGGAUCAUCAAAAUUAAAGCUAAAAAGAAGGAAAAGAGAGGUAAUAGAUGUCCAUGGAGGCCGAAUUGUUCGAUCCAUGGGACGGAAGGAUAGGCACAGCAAGGUAUGCACCACAAGGGGGACUAAAGAGAGACGUGUUAGACUGUCACCAAACACUGCAAUUCAAUUCUAUGAUUUGCAAGAUAGGCUUGGAUAUGAUCGUCCGAGCAAGGCCCUUGAUUGGCUGAUGAAGAAGGCCAAAUCUGCAAUUGAUGCGCUAGAUCAAUCAGACAAUCACAAUGCUGAAAAUGUUAUGCAAUCAUGUGAUCACCAAGCAGAUGCAGGAUUUCAAGAUCACAGCCAAAAGGACACAAUUAGGAAGGAUAAUCCCAGUUAUCACCAGGACCAUUUUAACUCGAAAAGCAAAACUCAUGGCCAGAGCCUUCAUUGCUCUAGUCAAUAUCUCUGGGAUGACUCGAUUAUUAUCUCUGGUUAUGAGCAAGGCCAACUUUCCGUGUCAACAACUUCACACUUGGAUUCAGACUUAGAAAUGGCUGCAAUUUCAAGACAUUUCAGUUGGAUUCAUGAUAGUGUUAAUUCAGGUCAAUUCUUUUCUCAAAGGGAACCCCUUCAGUCCAGUAUUUGUCCUCACAUUAAUCAUGCUCUGUCGAGUACCCAAUUUCGCAGCGUCAGCCUUCCUGGAAAUGAAAUGUCAAAUUUUUUUGCUGAACCAAGGGAAGUAGAGGAAAAAGAGAGUAAUUCAAAUUUCCUGAAACCAUCUUCUUGUACGCCGUUUUCACAUUAUGAAGACUUGGUGGAUGGUAGUCCUCUUCCUACACACAAUACUUGAACUCUAGCGCCUGGACAAAUUACAAGGACGGUCAGAGCAACUGAGCAAACUGUGUGAUUUGAAGUUUGCAGUGUGUGAUUUUCUUCGUGAUUUCUGUUGUAAUCUUUAUUACGUUUGCAUGUCCCAGUAACAGCGAGUUAUCUUUUAUGAACUGCUAAGAGACCCCAGAAAUAAUACCAAAUUUGCCGAGUGAGUAAAAAAAUAUAGAAAUAGGCAAAGUAUGACAUGAAGGGAGAAUGGAUUUUUGUUCGUUUUUAUAUAUUAUA